GAACUAUAAGACAGGGGCUUGAACAGUCAAUCAGAUUCAUCAGAGGAAAGAACCCAGCCAUGCAUCCGCCACAUCCUAUCCAGGUCCUUGCCAACCGCAAUCUGCCCCGUUUCCUUGUUAAUAAACCUCAGAUUCUUCUUUGGACAUGGCCAGGGACAAUAUCACCAGGCAUCGUGCCAUGCUAUAUGACCAUCUUCACAGAUGACAUGAAUUUCCUCCACAUUAGGAUACAAUUCAUAUAGCUCAUGGGAUUAAAAGUGAAAAAAGGAUUCAUCAUUCUCCCACUUAAAUGUAAGCCAGCAAACCAGCAGUUGUUCAGCAAGAUCAAUUGAGUUAAAUCAAGAAUGCCUAAUUAAGAUCAUGUCAAUCUUAAAGUUAACCCAGACAUACCGCGGCUCAACCCCUGUAGAAAAAUUAAAGGCCUUCUAGUACAGCCCCUGAUUUUAGGCCUCAUGGCAGGCCUGAAGGACUGCAGGUACUGGUGUUAAUGAGGUUACAUGCAAAAGCUUCCCCUAUGACCCAUACUCUCUCUUUUCACGCACCUCAACAGUGCGUAGCUUAACUAUUAACUCCCAAAUUCAAGCACGAAGCUCAAAGGGGAGACAGGGGAAAAGGUGGAACGCGGCCAUGCAGCACUAUGCUAGCAAUGGAAUUUAUUCAGUAGGA